CCUGUCACUAACUGCUACUUCCAACUUAAAAAAAAAAACUAAAUAAUAAACGUUACUUUCAAUCCACACACAUUUUACACUGUACAAUCUCAAAGCCAUACCCGGUCAAGGCAUCAUCAUCUCUUCCAACCAAUAACUAAGAAGUUUUGUUUGUCACGAAUCGCGAUGGAGAUGGCUUCGCUUGUAAUGAAUCUGAACUUGGUCCAAAUGCUUGAAAAGUCUUUGAGGCCUGACUUCUAAGAUGCUCUAAGAAUAACCAUCAAAAUCAAGAAACGAAGUGACAAGAAAUACCACAUCAACUUGUAACGUUCGGAUUUCGAGUAUUACCUUCUGUAGGCACUACUAAUUUGGAGUGUAAAUGUUUCUUUCAGAGUGGUUGUAGGACAGAAGCGAAAUGUAUCAUAGUCUACAGAUAAUGCAAAGAAGAGAAGAAAGACUUAAGCUGCAAAUCAGAGAUUGAAGUCUUUUCUAUGGUGCAUCAUUGACUGGAGUGGCUGAUUUAUUCUGAAGCUGACAUUCUUUUCUGAGCAUAUAUGACUUCUGUGAUUGUACAGUGGAAGUUUUGAUUUAAUCAUAAUGGAUUUCAGUGAGGGUUAUGUAUCAAAUGAACAUCGAGAGCUUCAUCGAUCUGCAACAGAAAGUGCAGAUCCAUUAUCUGUUAGUCCAUUGCAACUUUCUACCAAGUCAACAAGAUCUCCUAAAUCUCCAAGGUCCCCUAAAUCUCCCAGGUCUCCAAAAUCUCCAAGGUCCCCAAAGGUGCAAGGCAAGUGCAGCAAUCUAACUCCAAGGAAUAAUAGACCAUCAUAUUUCCAAAAUGAUGGACGUCCAAAGAAAGGUGGUUCUGGGGGAAAAGGUACUUGGGGUGGAUUGCUUGAUACAGAUGACUCGAAUGUUCUUGAUCCUAAUGAUCCAAACUAUGACAGCACUGAGGAAUAUGACCAUUCAAAUGAAAAGAAACCGACAACAGAACUCGAGGACUACAAGAAAAAAGCUAUAGUAAUAGUGGAGGAAUACUUUGCCACUGAUGAUGUUGUUGCAACAAUGAAUGAAGUUAAAGAAUUGGGAAAACCAGAGUAUGGCUACUAUUUUGUCAAAAAACUUGUCUCUAUGUCCAUGGACAGACAUGACAAAGAAAAAGAAAUGGCUGCUAUUCUGUUAUCUGCACUUUAUGCUGACAUAUUUGAUCCUUCACAAGUUUACAAAGGUUUCGGCAAAUUAGUUGAAUCAGCAGAUGACUUGAUUGUAGAUAUACCAGAUACAGUUGAAGUUCUAGCACUUUUCAUAGCCCGAGCCGUGGUUGAUGACAUUCUUCCUCCAGCAUUUUUGAAGAAACAAAUGGCCCAUUUACCCAAAGAUUCAAAAGGGGUUGAGGUCUUGAAAAAAACUGAGAAAAGCUAUCUAGCAGCCCCUCUUCAUGCAGAAAUCAUAGAGAGAUGCUGGGGAGGUAGUAAGAAUACCACAGUUGAUGAUGUUAAAGCUAAGAUAAACAAUUUUUUGAAGGAGUAUGUUGUAAGUGGUGACAAGAAAGAAGCCUUCAGAUGCAUCAAAGAUCUCAAAGUUCCUUUCUUCCAUCACGAAAUAGUGAAACGGGCUCUUAUAAUGGCAAUGGAGAGACGUCAAGCAGAACCUCCACUGUUGGACCUGUUGAAAGAGGCUGCCGAAGAAGGUUUCAUCAACUCUAGCCAAAUGUCUAAAGGGUUCGAUAGGUUGAUUGACACAGUUGAUGACUUAUCACUUGACAUACCAAAUGCACGUGGAAUACUGCAGCAACUAAUGUCUAAAGCAGCAUCUGAAGGUUGGUUAUGUGUUUCAUCCUUGAAAUCACUCUCAGUUGAGCCUGAAAGGAACACAAUAGAAGAUAGUGCUGCCAAAAAUUUCAAGGUAAAGACUCAGUCCAUCAUCAAAGAGUACUUCUUAUCAGGUGAUAUAUUGGAGGUAAAUAGCUGUCUAGAGCAAGAAAACAGCAACAACUGUGCUGCACUUAAUGCAAUCUUUGUCAAAAAACUGAUAACUCUUGCAAUGGAUAGGAAGAAUCGGGAAAAGGAAAUGGCUUCUGUGUUGCUGUCAUCUCUGUGUUUCCCAUCUGAUGAUGUUGUGAGUGGUUUUGUGAUGUUGAUAGAGUCGGCUGAUGACACUGCUCUGGACAAUCCGGUUGUUGUUGAGGAUCUUGCAAUGUUUCUAGCUAGAGCAGUAGUGGAUGAAGUCCUAGCCCCACAACACCUUGAAGAGAUUGGAACACAAUGUUUGGGGCCAGACUCAGUUGGGAGCAAAGUUCUUCAAAUGACAAAGUCAUUGCUAAAGGCUAGACUCGCUGGCGAGCGAAUCUUGAGGUGUUGGGGUGGUGGGGGCAGUAGCAAGCCUGGAUGGGCGGUUGAGGAUGUCAAGGACAUGAUUGGGAAGCUCUUGGAGGAGUAUGAAUCCGGUGGCGACAUAAGAGAGGCAUGUCGCUGCAUGAAAGAGUUAGGAAUGCCAUUUUUCCACCAUGAGGUUGUUAAGAAGGCUUUGGUAACAAUCAUUGAGAAGAAGAAUGAGAGGCUAUGGGGUCUACUCAAGGAGUGCUAUGAAUCAGGACUAAUAACCAUGAACCAAAUGGUGAAGGGUUUUCAAAGGGUUGCCGAAUCUCUUGAUGACUUGGCCUUGGAUGUCCCUGAUGCUAAGACUCAGUUUGCGUGCUAUGUUGAAAGAGCAAAGGCUAAAGGAUGGUUGGACAGUUCAUUUUGUUUCAACAAACAGGAACAAGCAACAGAGAAUGGCACUCACUAAUGAUAAUGCUUUUUCAAAUAAGACCAACUUAGAUGAAUCCAUAAUAUGGUCAAUUCACACAAUCGAUCACAGGUGUUUCUAUGUGACAUACUGCUCUGAAGAUGCAACAAGGUCAAAAAGAAAGAUAUCGAGACAAAAAGAUGCAGAGGAUAACUAUACAAGAAAGUCAAUUAUGUGACAUUGAAUCCUAUAUAUAUAUAUAUAUGUAUUUUUUUUUUUUUUUUAAGAUUGGCAUUGUUAAAAUCAUAUAUUUCUCUUUUCCUAUUCUGUUUAUAUGGAGAUGGGAUGACGGAGGAGGCAGGAUCAUAUGAAUUUGUUGGAAAGAAGCAUAAACAAG